AUGGGCAGCGCGGCCCCCCCAGAGCGGGGCCCGUUCUUUCCCUAUGCCCGGGCGAACGAGAGCGUCCUGGAGGCCUUCGGCUCUGGCGCCGAGGCGGGCUUCGGAGACCGAGGUGCCGAGCAGCUGGCAGAUGCCAUCUGCGAGACGGCCAAGGCCGGCGAAGUCUGCAUGCUGUCCUUGUGCGUGCACGGCAACUGCGUGGGCGACGCGGGCGCGGCCGCGCUCGCCGAGGCGAUGCAGCAUUGCGGGAAGCUGUUGAGGCUGAACCUCGGCAGCAACGCCAUCGGCGACGCCGGUAUCACCCGGCUCUGCCAGCCCCUGCAGGACCUCGGCUCGCUGCAG